AUGCCGAGCCUGGCCCGCGCCCCCAGAGGCCGGAUGUCCGUCCAUACUGCGGCGGCUUCCGGCGGCAGUCAUGCCCAAAGGACCCUGGGAUCGUUUUUUGGGUGCUUUGGGGUCCUGGGCCUAUCUUCCUACACCGCUAGUGCAGGUCGCUUCAUGACAUGGCACGGCACGGCACCGGCGGCGUUUCCCCUCCGCUGUCCGGCGGCCCGGGGUCCCUGGCCUCGGCCUUGGACCCCGCGCCAGCCCUGCGCUACCCCAAGCACAGGCAAGGGCUCCUCUGCUGUGUGUUUUUUUGCGCUAGCAAUGACGUGCGGGCCGCUUGUGCCUGCCGCAUUUUUCGCUUUUCACCGGCUACCUGAUACCGUCUUAUCAAAGAAGGUCGCUUUUCCACCUCCUCCCCCCUCGCUAUCACCGUGCCUGUACACUUAUCACUACUUCACCGGGUUUUUAUCAGUUUUCACCCCUCCGUCCUGUGCUGAUAGAUAA